AUGGAUUUACUUUUCGGUACAUUAUCACUCGAUAAGCACCAACAAAACUCAAAACGAACAUCACCGGAGGAAGAUUCCAAACUUCAACAUUCCCCGUUUGACAGUUUCAAAAUAUCUUCAACAGCAAUACUUGAUACGUUGAAUACAAGAAGUUUUUGUCCUAAAUGUACUCGUUCAAUGAAAUAUUUUUGUUAUUGGUGUUAUCAAGUUGUCGGAUGUCAAAGAAGUGAUGUUCCUUAUCUUGAAUUACCUAUUAAAAUUGAUGUAAUUAAACAUAUCAAAGAAUUGGAAGGUAAAUCAACAGUAGCGCAUGCGAAGAUUAUAGCUCCAAAUGAUGUUUCGAUAUAUUCUAGUUUAGAAAUUCCAAAAUAUGAAAAUCCAGAUAGAUUAUUAUUACUCUUUCCUGGUCCGGAUUCAAAAACUUUAAACGAAAUACCGAGAGAUUCGUUCGAUAAAUUAUUAGUAGUAGAUGGUACAUGGCAACAAGCGUCAAGUUUAACAAAAUUUACAGAAGAAUUAAAAAAUAUAAGAAAAGUUACUAUAAACCCACAAAAAACACUUUUUUGGAGAUAUCAAAAUAAGAGUGAAAAUUAUUUAGCUACUAUAGAAGCUUUAUAUUACUUUUUAAAAGAAUAUUACGUAACUUAUGAAUCUAUUACUGAUAAUGAAAAUAGUUACAACGGGAAAUAUGAUGAUCUAUUAUGGUAUUAUAAAUAUUUUUAUGAAUUUAUUCAAUCUUCCUAUAGAAAUGAUAAAGGUAAAAAACAUUUUACUACAAGACAUCGUCAAGGUUAUAUUAAAUAUGAUGAAUAA